AUUCUCUCCUUAACCCGUCAACAACAUUUCACACUUCUUCAACACACUCUCUCUCUCUCCUAUUUAUUCCUUAACAUCUUCAUCAAUUUUAUAGGAGAUAGAAUAAAAUGGAGGCAAUGAGAAUGAGAGCUGCUUUCGCCAUCGUUUUGAUGAUUAUUGCUAUCUUUUCAUUCCAAAAUGUGGCUGCUGUUGAUGCCCCUGCGCCAGCACCCACAUCUGACGCUGCUGCUUUCUUUCCCGUCGCAUUGACAUCCCUUGUUGCGCUUGCUUUCGGCCUACUUUACUAAAUUUAAUAGUAUGUUUUUUUUGGUGGCGGGGGAGAUUUUGGUAUUGGAUUUAUGGUACCAUUCAUUGAUUGGAUUAUCUGAUGUAGAGUGGGAUUUUGGAUGGUUUUCACAUUCUUUCUUUUGUAAUAUAUAAUAUGGAUUGGAACUUUUUUGUUUAAUUACUAUUAUGGUUGUGGUUUCAAUAUCAGAUAUAUUUAUAUAUACCUUAUCAUUAUUCGAUCUA